AUGGUUCGCAGCGAACGACUUGGCUUCAACCCCUUCGCGGUGCUCGGAAUAGACCGCAACGCCGACGUCAUAGCAGUGAAGAAGGCUUACCAUGCCGCUACGGACGGCGUUGCGGCGCAUGAGGCCUUCGUCGAAAUGACGUUACAGGCAUCCUAUGAGUAUGUCGCCGAAGCGCUUACGCAGCAACCGCGUUUUAGGUCCGCAGCUUCAGCUUGGACGAGAAGAAGUGGGCAGGACUAUGGGUAUGGGUAUGGCCGCGACGAUGGGGAGAGCUACGCAGGCACGGGAUUUGGAAAGGAGGGAUACGCCCCCUCGAGCUCUUCCUCCAAAUCUGGAUCCGACUUCGACUCGACCGCACCACCCAGCGCAACAGACAGCGACGACAAGUUUAUAAAGCAAAAGGAAGCCGUCGCCGACAUCACCGAUCUUCAUCAGCGCCUCCGCGAGACGCUCAAGCAGUUCGUCUCGCCCCGCCUUUUGGACACGAGGACUUGA